AUGAUAAUCAAUGGGUCUCAGUGUACUUCACCUUUCAUUUCAGUGGCUCCCCUGCCUAUCCCUAAAGGAUUGAAUGUUGUAGCAGUUGAUGCCGAUGGAGUGCACAUUUUCGAAGAUGGAAAUUUCUUAAAUGCUCUACCGGGUCUAGCAGAGGAGUAUUCAGAUGAUUCAAAUUUUUACGAUUCCUGUGAAAAUGUUGCUAAUGUGACUGAUCUUAAUCCAACAUACUCUGCUAAUGAUCGAGAUAUUGAAGAACAACAUAAAAACGCAAACUUUGAAAAACUUGUCUCAUCUCCUUCGUCUUCCACUUCGUUCAAAAGUACAGGCAACAGAGAAAUUAGUCAGUAA